UCAUGGUAUCAAAUACUGACAUAUAUCUGAAUUUUAACUCUUUCAGUCUAGCAACCUGAAGCAGAAGUUGGCAGCACACAUGGAAAAGCUGAAUGAAGUUCAUGAUGAGUUACAGAAGAAAGAGGCUGAUCUUGCAGAACUCCAGCCUGAUGACAGUCAGAACCCCCAGAAGAUUGGAGAGCUGGAAGCAGCUUUGCGGAAAAAAGAUGAGGAUAUGAAAGCAAUGGAAGAGAGAUAUAAAAUGUACCUUGAGAAAGCAAGAAAUGUGAUAAAAACCUUAGACCCCAAGCUAAAUCCCGCAUCAGCAGAAAUUAUGUUGCUCAGAAAACAGUUAAUGGAGAAAGACAAAAAAAUUGACGCACUAGAGGCUGAAUUCAAGCUUGCUAAGUUACGUGAUUAUGAGGAAAAGCUAAUUGUAACUGCAUGGUAUAACAAGAGCAUGACUCUUCAGAAGCUGGGUAUGGAAUCAAGAUUAGUUGGCAGUAGUGGUACCUACAGAGACGGCCCUGGACGCUCAUUCCUAGCUCAACAACGUCACGUCACCAAUACCAGAAGGAAUCUCACUGUUAAAGUACAGGGUGCAACAUCUGACUAAACCACAAGGACCAUGAGGAAAACUUACAUGCUAAAGUGUCCUUAAAUGUUUUAUAACUUCCACUUUACCUACUUGAUAAAAGGGGAGGUUAGAAUGGUGGGCAACUGCGAAUUCAACAUCAGAACCUAUCAAGAAGUCAUUAAGUUGAUCAGUGGUGCGUCUAGAGGUAGCACAUAGUUUUCCAAGUAGAAGCAGAUUUAAUAACUGCAUUAUGUAUUUACAAGCACAACUUAAAAGAUUUAUAUUUGCCUUCAGAAUAUAUUGUAAAUAUAAAAAUUGGCACUAUAUAUUUAAAACUUUAUUUAAUGGGUUUGGGCUAGAAAGUUGACUUUUGUAAUAGGAAGAUGUUAUGCAAAAAUGUACUUCAGGAAACUGGCAAUAUGGGGCAUUUUUGCUGGGCUCUUCUAAAAAUAAAUUUAAAAGAUCGGUACCAUGUUUUAAUAAAUACUUUUUUUUUUUUCUAGAAUAUGAAGUAUAAUUUUAAAAGCAAGAAAAUACUUGCAUUUAUAGGAAAAAAAAAAAGGUAGUACCAGUUGACUUGUUACAUAACAGAAGACAGGAUUUGUUUUGUCAUCUCAAGUGAGAAGCAGAAUUACACAGUUUAUUUAAAAAAAAAAAAGAUUAAGUUUGUGAAAAUAUAUAUAUAUUAAGGAAAACCUGUCUUUAAGAUGUUGAAUUCACUAAAGCCAAAUAAGCUGUCUUUUCCUGUGUAAGACAAAAAGCUAUUAUAGUAAUUCAAAAGUCUGGGCUGUAUUUUAAAAGUCUGGCAUUUUGGUACGCUGCAUUUAUUUGCAGAAAGGGGCUCAGAUGGGAAGGAACCCCAUUUAUUUCCAGCUAUUUAUACAACCUUUUGAAUAGAAAUUACUCUUCCUCUUUUUUUAAACGUGGUUUCACUUCAGUUGUUCUGAACUAACUAUGGUAGGCAGAUGAAUGAAAGAGAUUUGCUAGUGGUUGGCAGAAAAGAUUGUUUGUUGGCAGGGAGAAAAGUGCAAAACUGUAUUACAGUUUUGCAGUAUCUAGAUUGAAGAGGAUGAAAUGGGGUUUGAUAUCUGAAAUUUGUGUGGGGGAAGUUGCUGUCUUUCACAAAACUUGUGUCACUAUUUACUAAAUGUCUUAUUUUUAUUGUGAACUGUGUUUUUUAGGAAAAUUCUUUGCAAAUUGUCUAGAACAAAUCAAUUAUACCCGUAGUUAAAUAAAAUAAAAUUACAGCAGCCCUUAAAAUGUAAUGAAUACACUUAAACUAAGGAUUUGAGGGUGCUAUACCAGUCUGUGAUCUAAUAUAAAGCUCAACCAUAUGUGUGAUAGGAAGCAUAUGUCUGUCUUAGCCAUUAAUGCUGUCUUUGGUUUGAGAGUGGGGUUCAGCUUUGCAGAAUUUCAGUUUCAAAUUGUGAAAUUUGAGUAGUCUUCCAUUUUGCAUGCCCCUCAGUAUGGCUACUGCUUCAGUUUCUUCCUUCCCCGGCUUCUUAAGUUCUUUAUUGGGCAUUGCAUGCAAUGCUAGAGAAAAGGGAAGUAUUCAUUUUUAAUACUUAGUCAACGUUGCUUCUCUAGUUGUGGUGAUAGUUUUAGUGCUGUACAUUCAACAGAGAUUUCCUCUUUCAAAACUUGUGUCUACACAAGUUUUGUUUAAACUUUUGUUUAAAAGCCAGUCUCAUGCUAAGUGUGGCAUGAGCAGAGAACAUGCCAGACAGACUGCUGUUGCACAGUUGUGUCUGCCGGGUUGCGUUCUUCAGGACUCUAUGCUUCCUUGGACUACCUCUUGGGUUUUGAGGUCUUUUAUUGCUGCAGUGAUAUUAUUGGGGUUUGUAUUUCUAAGGUACAGUUGCUUGUUGAAUCUGUUAUGGCGUGGGAGAUAGUGGUGAGCAGUGGAACAGGGGACUUAAGUCUUAUCAAGACGCUUAUGUUUCUAAAGCCUGGUACUUUGGUGUGUUUUAGUGAAAUGUGAAACUGUCACUGAUGGUGUUGAGUGGGUCUCUUAACCCUCAUUCUUUACAGCAUGGAAACUUUCAUGGACGUCUUUCAGAUACUCAUCUAGCUAGUAGGCUUUGAUGCAUUUGUGUUACUUCUCACAGUAGUAGAGCUGUGUCAAUAGUCAUAUCAGGUGCUGAAUAGUGAAAAGCUUGGAGCAAAUGUCUUUGAUGUACACUUCUCAAAACUGCAGACCCUGGGACCAAAAAUGACCAAGAACCUCCAUAUCAUUUAAUUGGAAGCUGGUCUUCUCACUAGCAAUGGAAGAAUUUAAAUAUGGAACUAGAGACAAGGAUCAGCCUUUUUCAAGGCAAGGUGGUCCCCAGUAGUCUUACUGGGGUUGCCAAAAAUGAAUCAGGUUUUCAGAUAUUGGAUGAAAUUUCAAUAUUUGGCACUUUUCCAAACUAUUAAAAGUUAAGCCUGUGAAUAUAAUUUAAGUGUUUCUUUGGGAUUGAAAACCUGUUUAAGAGUGGCUUUUCUAUAGCUGGUUAAGCUUGGGUUAGGUCCUAUGAAUGAGGAACUGAUCUGUAGAAAUAAAUAUUUAAUUAUAAUCACGGUGUUGUAUUUGCUUCAGCUCAUCUGGCUGUGCAGAAAGGAUCAUUAAAAUAAGUAUCAUUUUAAUGUUAACUUCAUUCAUGUCAAAAAAAAAGACGCCACUAAUAGUUUUGCUGUGUUACAGUGGAGUUGUGUGCGACACGUAGCAGCAGAACAACAUUGAGAUGAUGUUCUCUGAUGUGGUGGCACCAUGGCUGAGGCAGGACAAAGAGAGAGGCUUCUUGUCUCUGCUGCGAGACGAGUUUGUGUCAUGCCCAGACAGCACAGGUGGAAACCGAUUCAAAUUACGAGAUAAAAUCAUUGAAUAUUGCUGAAUUUAAUCAGCUUUAUGAGUAACUUUAGCCAGUUUCCAGUAAAACGGGUAAUAGAGAUCCAAAGAAACAAAAAUACAUUCUGAUUGACAUAUCAACUUGUUAAUAUUUUUUUUUAUAUAAGAUUAAGAAUAACCACUAUAGAAGGGAAACAUUUUGUAGCAAUAAUACAAAUUUUGGGCUAGUAGGUUCUCUUACUCAAGGCAGAUGAGGCAGCAGUUUUGAGAAGAUUCUUUUGCAACAACUGUAUUAUAGUGGAUUAAGAAAUGUUCACUGAAAAUAAAUUUUCACCUAACUGAUUUUUUUUUGUUCAUUAAAAUAUAUAAAUAUAAAUGGGUAUUCUAUUUUCAACAAUAUACACUUACUUGGAAAUAAGUAAUAUAAGCAAUACUGAUGUUAUAUUUAGGUAGCCAUAAAUAGUUUAGGAAUUAGAAAAUGAAAACAAUUGUUUAAGAGUUGGUAAUGUCUAGUAAAGUAAUUUUCCUAACUUUGUUGCUUUUUUCCCUUCCCUCACUACUCAAGCUAGAGUUAAGGGUUUCAGUGUAUCAGUGUCUACAUCUUCUGUUUAAAACAAAUGUAAACACUGUGUUGCAUAGAACUUGAAAAAUUGCACUAAUUUUUAAACUUUUGGUUUUAUUUUUUCUUUGGAAAGAAUUCUUUUAUAUUCACAUAAAGAUUAAAAAAAAAAA